AUGCCCCAAUAAAAAAUAAUUAUAAGAUCUCGAAGUAAUAAAUAAGGAUCUAAAUUGUCAUCUCCUAGAGGUGAUCUAACAGACACUUAAACUAAAGUAUUAACAUUAGUCUAAAAUAAAAUAGUUGGUUGAGAGACUAAUGAGUAGAUAAAAAAAUGGAGUAAAUAAAGAAGAACAACAAUUUUAAUAAUAUUUUGAACAUUUGGGAGGUAUAGAUAAUAAAAAAUGAUAGGAUAAUGUAUUUGUUCUAUUUGUAAUUGUGGCAGACAUUAAUGUGAAGGAAAAUAAUGUAGAAAUAGACCAUCUAUGCAUGGAAAUAGAAGUAUAUAUUAAAGGGAAUAUGUUCAUAAAUCACCAGAUUAAAGUGCUCAUUAUAAUUAAAACCUUUUUGAUAAUCCUAAAUAAGAAGGAGAUAUAGGAAAUGUAUCAACAUAUAAGGUAUUUAGUAUUUAAUGAUUCUUUUAGCAUGAUUUUUUGGGAAGCCAAUCCAAUUUUAGAUUUAAGAGUACUUCUCCUUAAUCUGUCUUACGUAGUGGACCAUUUUGUGGUCUUUCUACUUAUAAUAAUAUGUAUUUAAAUUGGGGUAGUGGAGAUACUGUUCCAUUAUUAUCAUAAAAGAAUCCUACAGUAAUUAGAGAUCUUCCAUUUUUUGGAAGAACCAAUUAUAGAGAAUGUUUCUAAGGAGCAUAAGUUUAACCUGCAUAAAGUACCAAAGGUUUUCAUUGCAAUAAGUAUAUAUAUAAUUAGAGUAAGAUCACCUUUAUCUCCUCCUAAUAUGAAAUUUAAUGGAAUUUCGGUUACAAAAUCUUCAUAUUAGCCUUAUCGAACAGAUAAAUUUACAAAUUUUAAAGAAUAAACUUAAUAUUAAUUGAAUCCUUCUUAUCAAGGAUAAUAUAAUUCUGAAUAUUUUAAAGAAUUUGAUCCUAAAUAUAAAUAGCCAUGUCCAGCUAAAUAAGUUCUAGAGGAAGUGUCUCAAUAAUGUUGA